GCACACCUCCGCCAUUUUAGCUGUAGCUGCAGAAAAUUUUUUCGCAACACAAGAAACGCCGUGUUGUUUAUAAUGUAAAUAUAAAAUAUAUGUAUAUAACGCAUAUACACGUAACAAUAAAAUAAGAGAUUAAUUGUCAACAACGGUCGCUACUUGCAAUUGUACGUUUGCCGCUUGCCGGUGGCUUGGCCCUGCUUGCUUAACUGUACGAGCUACGAGCGGCUUGCGAUUGUGAGCGUGUGUGCGUGCGUGUGACUAAAAGUGAAAAAUAAAGUGAGCACCUCUAAAUAAAUAAGUUGGUCGCGUGUGUUUUGAAUUAGAUUUGGUGCAUUUAUAGCUCACGCAACCAUGGCCGACGGCGUGGUGCUGGACUUGUAUGCUGAGGAUUUGGACAAAGAUUUCGCCGGGCAAGCGCAGGAUGAAUUCGGUGGUGAUGGGGUCGAUUUGUACGAUGACAUCGGAGGACCAACUGAACCCGUAGCUUCGAGCGGCGGUGGCGGUGGCGGGACUCCGACCGGAGAAGGCACCUCCGGCCCAGGCAGCGUCGACGGAUCAUCGGGUGGCGUUGGACCCAAUGGAGUUUACCAUCAGGGUAGUGGUAGUCAAACUCCAACGAUGAAUCGCCGCUAUCAGCUGUAUGUGGGCAAUCUGACAUGGUGGACCACGGAUCAGGACAUCUCGAAUGCUUUGCGUGACAUUGGCGUCAACGAUCUGCAAGAAGUGAAAUUUUUUGAGAAUCGUGCGAAUGGCCAAUCGAAAGGCUUCAGCGUUAUAUCGCUCGGUUCCGAGCCUAGUCUACGCACCGUGCUCGACCAAUUGCCCAAAAAGGAGAUGCAUGGGCAGACUGUAGUGGUCACCUAUCCAAGCAAGCAGGCGCUCACGCAAUUCGAGAGUCUGCAGAAGACACGUCCAGUGCCGCCACCAAAUAUGGGCGGUCCCAUGCCACCACAUCCCGGUGCACCGCAAGGAGUGCCGCCAGGGCAUACGCCGCGAAUGAAUCCCAACAUACCGCCUGGUCAGUAUCGACCGCAUAUGUCGCAAGUGCCGCAGGUGGGACCCAACUCCGGACCACCACGCAUGCAGCCGCGUACGGUCAACCAGAACGUGGUCAGCCAGACCGGUGUCAUCUAUGGGAAUAAGCAGGGUGGUGGCCCAAUGCCGCCUCAUCCCGGCGUGCCACAAGGCGUACCGCCAGGCCAUGCGCCACGAAUGAAUCCCAACAUGCCGCCUGGUCAAUACAGGCCCCACAUGUCGCAAGUGCCGCAGGUGGGACCCAACUCUGGACCACCACGCAUGCCGUUCCAAGGAGGUCCAAUGGGUAUGCCAGUACGUGGACCAGGACCCGGUCCUGAUUGGCGCCGUCCACUAAUGCAUGGAGGCUUUCCACCGCAUAUGCAGGGCCCGCCACGUCCUCAAAUGGGUCCGGGACCACCACCCGGCUUGGGUGGACCACAUGGCGCACCUGCACCUCAUGUGAAUCCAGCAUUCUUCAAUCAACCCGGCGGCCCACCACCGCAUCCGGGUAUGGGAGGACCACCGCAUGGUCAGCCCGGACCACAGCCAGGCAUGAAUAUGCCACCACAGCACGGACCACCGCCUCACUUUGCACAACAGGGCGGGCCACGCAAUCCUUGGCCAGGUCCACCACAAGGCAAGCCACCGGGAGCAUUCCCUGAUCCACAGCAAAUGGGUCCGCAGCUAACGGAGGUGGAAUUCGAAGAGGUUAUGAGCAGAAAUCGCACGGUCAGCAGCUCGGCAAUUGCCAGAGCUGUUUCGGAUGCUGCAGCUGGCGAAUAUUCGAGCGCCAUCGAGACGCUGGUUACUGCCAUUUCGUUGAUUAAGCAAUCCAAAGUUGCGCACGAUGAGCGCUGUAAGAUUUUGAUAAGUUCGCUGCAGGACACGCUGCAUGGCAUCGAAGCCAAGAGUUAUAAUCGUCGUGAGCGUUCGCGCUCACGAGAUCGUUCCCAUCGCAGCCGGCAGCGUCGGGAACGGUCAACUUCACGUUAUCGUGAGCGCUCACGUGAACGAGAACGUGAUCGCGAUCGUGAGCGUGAACGUGAUGGAGGUUACCGAGAACGUUCACGCAGUCGUGAGCGUGAGCGGCAGGCGCCGGAUCAUUAUAGGGACGAUAGCAGCAGCCGAUCCGCACGACCACGUAAGUCCCCGGAGCCAGUUGUUGCCGAAACAACGGAAGCAGCCUCAUCAAAGCGAUACUACGAGGAACGGGAACGCUAUCGUUCAUCGGAUCGGGAGCGACGUGAUCGGGAUCGAGACCGUGAGCGUGAGCGCGAACGUGAUCGGGAUAGACGUGAGGAACAUCGUUCAAGGCAUUGAUUGCUCGAAAAGCGAUAGCAAAAGUAACAAACUAUAUACCUACACACACACACACACAUAAAAACAC